CCGAUCUGCGGAAACCUAUACUUCCUGUCGCUUGUGUAUGCGUCGCUAAGCAACAAGCAGUUUCACGGAGUCAACAACAUGGAGCAGUCAACCCAAAGGACAUCUUAUCGCACCAUCCCCGAGUUGCCUGCCCCCCAUUACUCCACUCCUGUAAGCAACUAUUUAACUGGCGAUGAUAAGUCCUACAUAUGGGCUGGAGCAGCACAUUACACACCAUCACAGCGCCUGUGGAUCAAAUACCCUGAUUACCGCACCCUACCCCGAGAAACAAGGCGUGAUGCGAUAGAUUUCCAGUCAGAAGACCAAUGGGUGAACUUCAUGCGGAACAGAGACCAGCCAUCAGGUUACUAUUACUCACGUGUUGGAUUGAAAGGCUCAGACUUCCCUCCUUUAAUGUUGAACGGUUAUACACGAAGUCUACCAUCCAUGCCCUCUCGCGACAUCUUUGAAAACCCUUGGCCAAAAAGUGAUGCAUGGGUACCACCAGUCCGCAGGGACCAUGGGACUUACUAUGGAUACUACCAUGAUCGCAUAGAGAAAGAGCGGGAACGCCGAAAGCGAGAGUUGCCUUUCAGCCAGAAAAUAGAGCCUCUCCAUGUUGUCUCCCACAAAUACAACCUUCGCUGGGGAUUUAAUCAGCCGUGAACACGUGAACAGAUCAACUUCUACCACACCCUUUUGUCACCAUGGUGCACAUCUAAGUUUUUGAUGUCACAACAUCAGUGCUACACUGUAAAAUGCAAUUGUAAAAUAAAGCUGCUUUUUCAUAAAAUAAUUUGUUUACAUUCAGGUUGCUCAAUCGCUUAAAAGCUAUUGCUUUAUGCAGAUUUGAUCACUGGAUUAAUGUGACAUCAUCAACUUUUGCAAGCUUGGUACAAACAGGAGAAGUCUGUCAGCAGUGUAUGUGAUAAUAUUUUUUCCACUGGUUUUGUUUUUUUUUUUGUUUUGCUGUUGAAGGCCAAAUAUUACACCAAAGUAUGUUAAUUGUCUCACUUUUAAAAAAUUUGACUUAAAGAGGAAGUAUUAAUGAGAGAUAAUUUAACAUCACUUGAAAUCACUAAAUGAGUAGAAUGAAUAAAAUAGCUUCACAUAAAUCUGUUAGCCAGAUUUAGUUCUCGUCUUUUUGUGAGGUCAAAUGAAAGGAGCUGAUACUUUCUGUUCUUUUGGUUUUCAUACAUACUUAACUAUCUGGAAUCCAUGCUAGAUCUUCAAAAUCUACUGUGGUAUGUUUUCUUGCUGCUCCGAAAUGCCACAUUUAGUUUAAGCUUAACUGAUGUACAUGAGUCACAAGACACCUGUAUUAUCAUUUUUAAAUAUAUUUUUGAAGUUGUAUCUCAUUUUUUUGUUGUUGCUGUUGUUAUUUUUUGUACACAGAUAAAAUUUCACGAUUGUACAUAUUUCUGUUUCUGGUUGCCCGGUUCUGUUUUCAGCCAUUUAUGUGUUGUUGAUUUUUUUAUUUGAUCGUAAUUCUUUUUUUAGAAUCAUAUUUUAGUUGGUUGUCUAUACCUAUCAAACGACUACAAUCUGUUGUCAACUUUGUUUAUGAUUAAAGCUUUCUGCAACUACCUAUUGCAUACGCUAUUCUGGUAUGCAAAUAAUGGUAUAACAGUUAUUUAUGAAUAAAUCUGUUUACUCAUAUUACUAGCUCAGUUUUAUGGAAUAAGAAACAUUUUCCUCCCAAAAUUACUUGUUACGAAAGGCUUAAAACAUGCUUUAAAAGAACUUUUUUUUUAUCUUUUUCACAAAACGUGACGUGCCAAUUUUUCUAAUUUUGUUCAGUAUAUUCACUGCAUGUGAGAAUAUUUUUGUCGUAUUGUCUUCUUACAUCAACCUGAAACAUCUAUUAGGAUCGGUCGCUCACUGGUAAAAUAAAAAAAAAAAGAAAAUGUAAAUUGUUAUGAGAUAAGCUAACUUUCUUGCGGUCUUAAAAAUCUAGAACUGGUGAGAGCAAGUUUUCCAUCGUGUAAACUGUGUUACUUGUACUUGCGGGAUCAGACGAACUUUUGCAGUAUUCCAUCUCUCUUAAAGCGCAUCUUCUGAGAAUAAAAUAUUUGGUGUGCA